UCCCCACACUCAUCCUAUUUCGGCUGGCUUUUCUCUCUCUCCUUCUCCUUCUCCCUCUCCCUCUCUCUCUGGCCUUGUUUUUUUUUUGGCCCUCUUCCCCUCGUCUUCGUCAUCCCCAGGUCCUUCCACGAUCAAGCCUCGCCCUCUUCUGACCAUUAGUCUCUUGGCUGGGAAAUAUCGUCACGAUGGAUGCCCCGUUGUACACGUCCUCGAAUUCGUCGGGCACUUCCUCGCCCCGUCUCCGGUCCAAACACUCGCCUCCCGCACCGGACGCCGAAUCGGGAUAUGUCUCAGCCACAUCGUCAACGGCCGGGUCUUCGGGAGGGCUGCCUCGAGUGACCCUCACGCCGCCGCACGUCGCACACCUCAACCGGGAGUUGGAAAAGAUGACGGCGAUGGACCGGCUUCGCUUCGUCAAGAUCUGCUUCCCCAACCUGUACCAAUCCACCGCCUUCGGCCUCACCGGCCUAGUGUCCACAGAUAUGCUCUCCAAGAUCGAGGAGGAGUCCCCAAGUUCUUCUCCCGUCCACCUCAUUUUCCUCGACACGCUGUACCACUUUGAGGAAACCCACGCUCUCGUCGAGCGAGUCAAGGAGCGGUACCCGAACAUCCGCAUCCACACCUACAAGCCGCAUGGCGCCAACACGGUUGCCGAGUUCGAGGCGAAGUACGGCGAGAAACUGUACGAAACGUCGCCGGAUGAGUACGACUGGACCGCCAAGGUUGAGCCGCUGCAGAGGGCUUACGUGGAGCUGAACGUAGCCGCCGUCUUCACCGGCCGGAGGCGCUCCCAAGGAGGCGAACGGGACAAGAUCGGCGUUCUCGAAGUGGACGAGGAGAGCGGAGUCGUCAAGAUCAACCCCUUAGUCGACUGGUCCUUCGGCCAGGUACAAGCGUAUAUCACGGAGAACCGGGUUCCGUAUAACGAGCUGCUGGACAGGGGAUACAAGUCCGUCGGCGACUGGCACUCGACGUCACCGGUCGCGGCGGGAGAGGACGAGCGAGCAGGUCGAUGGAAGGGCCAGGCCAAGACGGAGUGUGGUAUCCACAGCAAGAAGUCGCGCUACGCGCAGUACCUCGAAGAAAUGGGGCGGAAAGCAGAGGAAGAGAGGCUCACGGCGGCAUUAGAGAAGAUAGAGAAGGAGCAGGAGGCCGCAUGAUGAUUUCGGGGGGACCGACGACGAGACCCCGUUACCAGGCCCGGCACACGAGGGGCGCCUGAGUAGGGCUCCCGGGAAAAUUAAGGAUGGAAAGGCAUAUCAACGGCGUUGGCGUUCGGGCGCAUAAUAGAGGCACCCCGAGGAUUUGGCUCGAAGGGGUCUCUGAUGCCCACCACAUGGUGGGGAUUAGGCUAGGUUGACGGAUAGAAGGACGGAUCCGCUUACCUACUUUAUACCUUACCUACCUAGCAUUCAGGUUUUUUUUAUACCACCGCACUCUCUGACCUUUGCGCAUGCUCUCAUAACGGAACGAGACCCGGUCGACCGUCGCGAUAGCGUGACACAGCAAAUAGGCAGCUCUGCGCGCGCGCGAAGUUGAGGUUCUAGAG